GCAUGAGGUUGUGUUGAUCAGAAAAAUUACCUUGUGGCUCUUGAAGAGGUCCAUUGUUCUGUAAGGGCAGUAAGCUCAAGUAACAUCAAGGAAGAUGAGAAGAGGUCUUUCACCAUAAGACCCAUUUCUUUCUUAAAAGGAUAGGAAGGAAGGCUCAGGCAUCAUUUGGCUGAAUAGAUCUUUAAGAGCUUUUUGUACUUGGGAAAAGAUUAGGCAAAGAUUGAUUUUUUUUUUCUAAUUUAUAAAAUUAUUACUAACCUAUUUGUGUUUGGUGAAAUGCCAAAAGUAACACAUAGCAAAUCAGUAUCUUAACAGUAAUCUUCAAAAGCAACUGAUAUGAGUGGUCUUAAGCUGCAUGCGCAAAACAGUUUGUUGGAAUAAAGACCAAUUCAUAAAAUACUCCUACUCUAGAAAAUUAUAGAGGCAUGAGAGAGAAUUUAGGAAGGAUGGAAGGAAAAAAAGUUAUUUAUUAAAUUAAAGAUAAGGAAAUGUGUACCAUAUAAAGAAUUUACUUUCAUUUUCCCCAUAUAGUAAAGCCUCUGAAGCCAUUACACCUGAAAUGACCCAUGGGUGUAUGUAUUGGCAGCUGAAUGGUCCAGAAUAUAUUAUUAAGAUUUGACUGGAAUAUAACUCUCCAUCUUUCAUAGCACAGGAGAUAAGAAUUUAAGAAUAAAGUUUUCCAGGAUUUUUUUAAAAAUCUCUUUUUCACUACAAAGUUUCUUGCACUUUUGAUUGGCAAAAUCCUGAAUAGACCUGUUUUGAUUUAUUUUGCCAAAGGGUCCUAGGAAGAGCUCAGUAAUUUGUCCAGGAGAACUGGCAAUGAGGGAUGUAUAUGACAAAGGUGGUGUUUCUGCAGACAUCAAUGCAAGACUUUAAAGUCCUUUUUGUAUCCUUUAGCAGCUAAAUCUGCCACUUUGACAUAGAAGUGUGUUACUGACCUUUGCUGUGCCUUCUGCAAGUCAAACAGAAAGCUCUGCAAUGGAAAACGAGCUUUUAAAUAAGCUUUUUUAUUAAUGUAUUGGAGCUGUUUUGUGUAACUUGAGAACAUCAAACACGGGUAACCAUAACUAUGUCCUAUCUUGUAAAGUGUGCAUAUGUAAUGUGUUCUUUCUGGCAGGAAUAAAUAAUAAGCUGCUUAAUUUCAGUAUAUUCUCUGUGAUUAAGCUAAAAAAUCACACCUGGAUGACUAAUACAGAAGACUGGUAUUCAGCAGAUCUAAGACUUCUGUUAUCUGUGAAUGAACUCUCCAAAACUGAAGGAUGUGUUCCGGAUGACUACAGCUGCAUUCUGGAAUGGUUCAGAACUAUAAACCACAGAGAUCUCAUCUUCUGCUGCUGCAGCUGGUAACAAAGCUCCUAUGCCAUGGUGCAGAUCCUACCGUAAGCAUCCCUCCUUUUUUAUUUGAAGCUUUUUUGUAUGCUCCUAUUGAUGACACAAACAGCACUGCAAAGAUUGGAAAUGGAAUAAUUUUCUUCACUCUGUAUAAAAAAGAAGUGGCCAUAUGGGAUUCCUUAACUCUAGCAAAUGCCAGCAAGGAGAAACUGCAAUAUCUAAGACAGGAUGCUGUUGUAAAAGCCCACAAAAAGGCAAAAGAAGAGACAGAAGCAAAAAAAGUUAAAGAACAGGAACACAAAAAAUACGCUUUGGAGGCCACAAUGAAGCUAGAAGAAGCAGAAAGAAUAAGAAUUGAAGACCUGAAAGAAAAAGAGCGGCAGAAGGUCACUAAAGAGUUGGAGUUGUGGAAAAAAAAGCAAAAAGAAGCUGAGAAGCAGAACAGAGUCCAAAAAGAAAGGGAAUUACAUCAAGAAGUACAAGAAUUUAAUGAGAAGAAAAAAGGAAAAAAUAACCAAUCUAGGAUUCCUAAUGAGGGAACUUCUAAGACCAGACUCAAACCUACUAAAGGGCAUGGUUCCUAUAGUAUGUUUUCAGAAGAUUUAAGUGAGGAACAGUUACCAGCUCCUCGAUCUGCUGCCACAAUUAAAAUCAACUUUACAUCACGAGUUUUUCCUACACCUCUGCGAGAAUCUCGCGUUGCAGAAGAGGAGGAGUGGCUACAUAAACAAGCAGAAGCUCGAAGAACAGUAAGUGCUGAUUUGUCUGAGCUGAAAGACUUAAAAGAAGAGGAGAAGAAUCCAGACUGGUUAAAAGACAAAGGAAACAAAAUGUUUGCAACAGGAGACUACCUUGCAGCUGUAAAUGCAUAUAACCUCGCAAUACGGCUCAACAAUAAGCUUCCCCUAUUGUAUCUCAAUCGUGCUGCUUGCCACCUUAAACUGAGAAAUUUGCAUAAAGCCAUUGAAGAUUCCUCUAAGGCACUAGAACUGCUGACACCACCUGUUCCUGAUAACAACAGUGCUCGAGUGAAAGCGUAUGUGAGACGCGGAACAGCAUUUUGCCAGCUGGAAUUAUAUACUGAAGGUCUCCAGGAUUAUGAAGCAGCUCUCAAGAUUGAUCCUAAAAAUGAAGCUAUAGAAAAAGAUGCUGAGAAGAUUCGACAUCUAAUUCAAGGAACAACACAAGAUUCUUAACAGAAAAAACAAAUAGAAACUUUCUGAGGAGGAUUCCUCUCGAGGGCAUCAGGAGUUUUAGUUCUCUUCAAUAUAUUGUUAGCUAUGCAUGUUUAUUUCACUCACAGUACCUCUAGAAUUGGUAAAAGAUUGCAUAUGUGAUAUUAGAUAUAUAUAGUUUUGAUACAAAGAUUUAAUAUUUUUCCUUUCUCUGAAAUAUUGGUGGAUUUAGUAUUAAAAUAGGCUUUUGAUACUUGAAUUCAAGUUACUAAAUGAAAACAAUGUUUGUCUGGAAAUAUAUACUAAGCCCAGACAAUGGGUGUUCAAACAGCUUCAGUUAACUCCGUGUAGUCAACACUUGUUAACUUCCUAUAUUUCUUGUCUCCACCAAAACUGAAAGUCAUCUUAUAUAGGUUAGAUAUUUUCCUCUGUUUUUAUUGUUCAUAGUCUUUGGCACAUCUGACACUGAAACAGUGAAUUUAGAUACUCUAAUUCAGGCAUCCAGUCUGGAAAACCUUCAAUUGGAAGCCCAGAGGUAGAUUUUACCUUGUGCAGAACAUUCUUUUUAAUCUCAAGGUACGUUGAAUGUUUUCAUACUGUUUUGAAAUAUUUGUUUGGGCUGAACAAACAAGGUAAUUGGAAGAAUUAUAAAUCUGUAAUGUGGUGUUGUAGCAUAGUGGUCAAUUAAUCCUGUGAUAAAUGGUCUUGUUAGUGAAUAUGGCUGACUUCUUCCAUCCUGCCACAAUUAGUUAUCUUGCAGUGUGGCUGUAAAACGUAUUCUAAACCCAAAACUUUAUCAUUUAUAGGAGAAUAUGUAUUUUUAUUGAGCUGGUAUUUUCAUUUAUAGUCUGUUGACAUGAACCAGUAUCUCAGGAAUACUGGUGUGAUUAAAGCUUCUCAAAGAAGAGA